CAAGCAGUUAGCAGGGGAUAGCAGUUAGUAGACCGGGGCUAGCAAGUUAGCCUUUGGGGGACGUCGCGGUGGGGGUAAGUCUGUUUUUGCCGAUACACCAGUGAUCUGAGAUCACUUGAAAAGUUGAAAAUCUGCCACAGAAGAGGCAUCAAGCUAACCACACUGCCAAAGACCUUGUCGAAACUAAGAUGUUUGAAAGAACUGGACUUCUCAGACAACGUAGGGUAGCAGAUUCCUGAGAGCAUCGGAUUCCUGAGAACAGUGGGGAUAAUACACAAGCAUUCCACAGUACAUUUCAUAUUCAAAUUGUAUUGUUGUGUACUGUAUGCUUAGCAAGUGAGGUAUUGUUGCAACUUUGUUAUUUUGCUAUAGAGCACAUCUUGCAAAAGGCUUUCCGGUCUCUGGCCAAUAACUUACAGGGCAAUGACGUAAGAUACACACUGAGGAGUUUAAGUCCAAAGAGAAUAAACGGUAUGACUUGAAUCAUCCUAUAAACCUCUAAUUUGGCAUAGAAUUUCAGUGAUAAUGUUCCUCAAUUUCAUUUCAGUGUCCAAUUACAAUCAAGGAAUUGAUAGGAAAUGGAAUCACUCAAUUUGAUUUGACACUCAAUUUGAUUACUUUGUGUGUGUAGGGCAUCCCAGAAGGAAAAAACCAUGCAGGCCCUGACUCUGUGGAUAGACUUAUUCCAUAGUGACCAGAAGGCAUCUGUCAUAGCUGACCAACUUGUGAGGACUCUGAUCUUGGUAGGCCUAUACACACUCUACUCUCAGGUCCAGGCCAUCAAGAUAUAUGCCAAAGCCAGGAGACAAUGAAUACACUAUGCCAAAUGUGCUAUAUGAAUAGAGGUACGCCUUCAUGACAGUUCAUGACAUUGUGAAGUUGGAAAGUGAGAGGAGUCAUUUGUUUUUCAUAAAUGUACAUUUACCAAGUGAAUCCAUACCAAAGUAUUGAUUAUUGUUUGACCAUGAGAAUAAAUGCAAUUGGAUAUGCAUCAACAUUGUGUGAAAGUGGUUAUUGAUGGAUUACAAAAUCAAUUAUAAUCAUUCAAAAUCAUAACAGUAACCUACACAAACAUAGCCUACAUCUAGGCAUAUUGCUUUGUAACGUUCACUGGUCUAAAAAAAUCGAUUGAAUUUGACACCCUUUAGUGACUACAGUAGCUACAUCUAUACCUAUUCUACGCUGUAUGUAGUUCAACCAAUGUGAUUCUCCUAUUGGGGCAGUGACAUCAUAUAGCCAGACAUCAGUUUAGGUAGUGAUAGCCAACCAGAGUGCAGGAAGGCACCUGCGGAGCGUGGAGUUUAUUUGACGGACACACAGCACCUAGCAAAUGAAAUAGCUUUAUUUGUUAGGCGGGGCACGACUAACUUCACAUCUACAGGUGGAGAUGGCAAGGAAACAAUACAAUCUGUCACGUAAUUUCAUUUAGUGCUAUAAUGACAAUGGAUGAAACUAUGCCUUUGGACUAAAGAGGGAUUUUACUGAGCACUGGGGAACACUAUUUUCUGCGAAUACUAAUAGCCUGGGGCCUUCUGGACACCACAACCUGGGGCCUUCGCGACACCACAACCGGGUAACAGAUUUGUUGCAAAUUCAAGGAGCCUGGCGCAGUAGCCUACAAUAUUUUACAACAUUUUUAAAGAAACAUAAGACGUAACAAUGGCUAUGCAUUUAUAUCAAGUUAGUAGUAUGCUAAUAGAAAAUACAGUCGGGAAAAUGAGUGACAACUUGACAUCAGUGGUCCUUGCAGUGUCUGUGAUCACCCUAACGUUGGGAUAUAUUUCUAAACUGGUGCUCAAACAGUCACAAUCUUCUUCAGAAGAACACAAGAAAUACCCACCAUACAUACCUUCUAGCAUUCCAUUUCUGGGUCAUGCCAUAGCAUUUGGGAAAAGUCCCAUUGAAUUUCUGGAGAAUGCAUAUGAAAAGACGACGGGACAGAGCACACAGGGAGAUCAAGAACAUCUUCUACAAGGUCACCCAGAAACGCAGAAGCUCUGGAGAGAAAGUGGACGAUAUGCUGCAGACCCUCAUAGAUGCCACCUACAAAGAUGGGCGGCCCCUAAAUGAUGAUGAGAUAGCGGGCAUGCUGAUUGGUCUACUCCUGGCCGGACAGCACACAUCUUCCACUACUAGUUCCUGGUUGGGCUUCUUCCGCAAAGAUAAGGCCCUACAGGACCGCUGCUAUGCUGAACAGAAAACUGCAUGUGGAGAAGACUUGCCCCCACUCAACUUUGACCAGCUGAAGGACCUGACUUUGUUGGAUCGCUGUUUGAAAGAGACCCUCCGACUCCGUCCACCCAUCAUGACCAUGAUGAGAAUGGCACGCUCUCCUCAGACUGUAGCAGGCUACACCAUCCCAGCUGGUCACCAGGUAUGUGUGUCCCCGACAGUCAACCACCGUCUGCAGGACACCUGGACAGAGAGGAUGGAGUUUAGGCCUGACCGCUACCUUAACGACAACCCUGCUGCAGGGGAGAAAUUUGCCUAUGUGCCCUUUGGUGCAGGCCGUCACCGCUGCAUCGGGGAGAACUUUGCCUACGUUCAGAUCAAGACCAUCUGGUCUACCAUGCUGCGCCUUUACGAGUUCAACCUGGUCGAUGGUUACUUCCCCACAAUCAACUACACAACCAUGAUCCACACCCCACACAACCCCGUCAUCAGAUACAAGAGGAGACAACACUAAGAGACACUGAGCGCAAAAACACAGCAGCGAAAAGAGCAAGGCUUUGUCCAAAAUGGUUUCCUAGUCUAUAUGGUACUACUUUUGGCCAUAGCCUCAUAGGGCUGGCUCUCAUAAGGCUCUGGACAAAAGUAGUGCACUAUAUAGGAAAUAGGGAGCCAUUUCAGAUUUGCCCCAACAACCUUACCUUUAACAGUUUUAUUUAGAGAACAUUCUUGUACUUGAAUUGAGGAACUGUUCAAAUUAACGCAGAGUUCUGUCUGAAAAUCUAAUUCACUUUACUUUUUGUUGCCCCCACCUUAUGUUUGCUGUGUUUUUAAUUUGCUAGAAUGUAUUGUAAGCCACAGGAGGCUGGUGAGGGGAGGACGGCUCAUAGUAAUGGCUGGAAUGGAUUAGUGUCAAACACAUGGAAACCACUUGUUUGAUGGGAUACCAUUCCACUUGUUCAGUUCCAGCCAUUACUAUGAGCCCGUCCUCUGAUUUAAAGGGACACCAGCCACCAUUGAUGUAAGCCUAAACUGAAUCAGUUAGUUUAUUCAUCAAAAGCUCAUCUUUUGUAGCCUGAUCCCAGAUAUAGUCCAACUACCAUAGGAUUUGGCUAUACAACACAAACCGAUCUGGAACCUGGCCUCAGCUUUUGGCCGUUCUAUUUCAAAAUGUCAUGGUAAUGCAUAUAGCUUUCAAGCUUCCACUGUCUGAAAUGUGAUAUGGAGUCCACUGUGUAGGAGUGAAAAUACUACUGUAAGAAUGAAUAUUACUGGAGUAAAAAAGCACUUAAGCACUGCCUUUUCUAGAGCUGUGAGAAAUAUUAAAACCACUGAUCCU